UGUAAGAGUCAACGAAACAGGAGAGGUUAAAAUUGUUGAAGUCACAACAAAGUACACUCAAACAGACUGUAAAGUGUUGAAAGAUGAAUGCGAUCGCAACCAUUUAUCUGUUUGCCGUGUUUCUGUCAUCAUCGAUAGUGUUGGGGUCAGAGGAGGAUGAAGUCUAUGCCAAAGAGAUUAUGGGCGCAGCACAGAAGGAGAAGGAAUGGUUGGUUUCGGUGAGAAGGCAAAUCCAUCAACACCCAGAACUGGCUUUCCAAGAACACAACACCAGUUCUCUCAUACGUGCACAACUUCACAAAUUUGGCAUACCUUACACAUACCCAGUUGCCAAAACCGGCGUCGUUGCGCAACUUGGCUCUGGCUCUCGUCCUAUCAUUGCUAUUCGUGCUGAUAUGGAUGCACUUCCCUUGCAGGAGCUUGUUGAGUGGGAACACAAGAGCAAAAUAGACGGCAGAAUGCAUGCUUGUGGACAUGAUGCUCACACCACCAUGCUACUUGGGGCUGCGAAGUUGCUAAGCCAGCGCCAAGAUAAGCUUCAGGGAACUGUAAGACUUAUUUUCCAACCUGCGGAGGAAGGAGCUAGAGGUGCCUCUGAAAUGAUAAAGGAAGGAGUGCUUCAAGAUGCAGAAGCAAUUUUUUCAUUACAUAUUGAUCAUACAACACCAACUGGAGCCAUAGCAUCCAUUCCAGGUGCAUUUACUGCUGCUGGAUGCGUGUUUGAGGCAAGGAUUGUAGGAGUAGGCGGUCAUGCUGCAUCGCCCCACACCAAUAUAGAUCCAGUUCUGGCUACUUCCUUUGCAAUUUUGGCACUGCAACAGCUUGUCUCAAGAGAAUCUGAUCCUCUUCAAAGUAAUGUGUUAUCAGUUACUUUUGUCAAAGGUGGAACUGCAUUAAACGUGAUUCCCUCCUAUGUAAAAUUUGGAGGCACACUUAGGAGCCAGACAACUGAAGGCAUGUACUAUUUCAGACAGCGAAUAAAGGAGGUUAUUGAAGGACAGGCAGCUGUGCACAGAUGUAAUGCUUAUCUUGAUUUCAAAGAAGAGGAUUUCACCCCAUAUCCUGCUGCUGUUAACGACAAUAAUCUGCAUCUGCAUGUGGUAAGAGUUGGCCAACUUCUGCUUGGUCCAGACAAUGUGCAUGAAGCCGAGAAGGUGAUGGCAGGUGAGGACUUUGCAUAUUUUCAACAAGUGAUUCCUGGAACAAUGUUUUCCAUUGGAAUCAGAAAUGAUAAAGUGGGAUCAAUUCACUCCCCACAUUCCCCUUUCUUCUUUCUGGAUGAGGAAGUUCUGCCAAUAGGGGCAGCUCUGCACACUGCUCUUGCUGAGUUGUAUUUGAAAGAGCAUAAGCAUACCAUUCAUUGAUAUUCUUUUCUCAAUAGCUCAUAAAUGCAUUGGGCAUUUUGUCUAUUUAAGAAAAUCUACAUAUUUGAUACAGUUGUUACAUUACUUCUAUUAUCAUGAGAUGCUACAUGCUUACUGUAAAGAAAAGUUAUUUUAGAAAUUAUGUAA